UUAAAUCGUCCAAUCCGCUUUAGGGCAAUUUGCACGCAAACACGCUACAUGUGGGUCAUGCUGUCAGUUUUGUUUGCGUGUUAAUGUUUUUUGACUAAUUAGACUUCAACUGAAAAUAUGUCUCGCAACCAAAUAUGUUAUUCGGACAGGUACAGUGACGAGCAUUAUGAGUACAGACAUGUUGUCCUGCCUCGGAAAAUGAUUCAAUAUGUUCCGAGAUCGCACCUGAUGUCCGAGGACGAGUGGAGACAACUGGGAGUGCAGCAGUCCCAAGGAUGGGUCCACUACAUGGUUCAUAAACCAGAGCCGCACAUCCUCCUCUUCAGAAGACCUCUACCAAACCACUGACAUGAUCCCGCUGACACUAGUUAUUGUCUGCUCUGCAUAAGUUGUACCUUCGCAGCCAAAGAGCACAGUUUGUACAGAGUCAUGGACGUCAACUGUUACUCAGUGCAUCGUAUCCAACUGGUUCCACGGCUGUCAAACAACACUACACACUAAUGUCUGAUUUGCCAUCUUAGCUGCAAUCUGCAUGAUACGUCUGUUUCUGAUCUGUGCAUGGUGAGGAGUUUGCAUUCGUCUGUGUCGACCAUAAUUGAUUUCAUGGAAUCAGCAGGAAGAGAACUGUCAUGUGACUUUGUGUCAGCACCAGGACAUGUGUGGAUGAUGCAAAUGGAAAAUACUCUCGCAUAAUGCUGCUUUUUCUUGUAUUAUUGUUACUGACUGGAGAUUGUCAUGGUCGCUGUCAGACCAUGUUUACUGAAAAAAACUUGAUUGACAUUAAAAUAUUUAGAUACCUUUGCUGCUGUAACACAUCAAUCACGGCCUAUUUGAUAAACAAUGACCUAUCCACACCA